AUGCACGGUGUUAUAGGCGAUGCUGAUGACGGCGAGUUAGGGACUUCCGAGGGCCUUGUUGACAACGGCAUGGCCGAUGAUGCUGCGGGUGAUGAGGAGAGGGUGGAGAAAGACAAUGAAGGGUCGGAGGAGGGUGGCGAGGAAAACGAGGAAUUUGAGAGUGAGUCAUCGGAGGAGGACGGUGACAACUCCGAGGAGGAGAUGUACGCCCCCACGGAUGAGGAGCGUGCUCGAAUGCGAACGGAAAGGCGAACCGUUGACGAUGAGAUGGUUGAUUUGGUGGAGGAGGAGGGAGAUGAGCUUGGAGACGGUGGAGGUGUCGGUGGGAGGAAGAGGAGUCGUGGUGAUGGGGAGGGCGGAACGAAGCAACGUGGCGGGCCGAAGGGUGGUGGUGGGGGGCAGAAGGGGAAAGGGAAAGGGGGCAGGGGUCGAGGUAGUGGAGGAAGUGGGUUUAGGGUAGGUGGGGGGAGCGGAUUGGGCAGCCAGCCAAUGCCUGGCCCUUCAAAUCCAUCGGCUGCCACCCAUGCCCCCACACCCACAGCAACCCCCACACAGGCUGUGAAGGGGAAGAUUCCUCGCUGUUUUGAGCGGCACGUGCCCGACAGACCGGACAAGAAGCGCCGGUGCCGCAAAUGCAACAAGUGGAUCAGCUUUGCGGGGGGCACGAACUCAACAGGAGAGGGGCACAUGAUGUCUAGGCACAGGGCACAGUGGGACAUUUGGGUGCGGAAGUGGAAGGCGGGGGAAAUUGGGCCGAAUGACUACUUUCCUGAAGGCGGAUAUGGGACAGGUGAGGUUCCGGAAGGGAGGAGCCCUUGGAUGGGCUCGCAGACGUGGUCUGCGCCGCCUCCUGUCCAUGGUGCCUCGUCAGGCCAGCAGCCGAUGACAGCGUACUAUGGGGAGCGCUUUGACAAGAAUGCCCUGCAGCAGGCGCUGAUUGAGUUCGUGGUCGAGACCGACCAGCCCUUCAGCGUCGUCGAGCAUCCCACGUUUCUGCAACUCAUGGUCACGGCCAACCGCCAGUGUGGCGAGGAGCGUGUCAUCCCGACAAGUACCACGCUCACUCGCCAGCUCAUGCGCCUGGCUAAGUUGGCUCAGGAGAGGCUGAAGGCGGAGCUUCAUGCUGAGGGUGUUGGAGCGGUGGCAAUGACACAUGACAUUUGGACCGGGGCGGACCAUAGGGCAUACAUGGCAGUUACGGGACACUGCCUGACAGAUGACUUUGAGCUCAGACAGGUUACCCUAGAUUUCAGGGUGCUGCCAGCCGAGCACACGGCGGAAAAGAUAGUGGAGGUGUUGGAGGGUGUGGUGCGCGAUUGGGAACUGGAGGGGCGCUCCAUUGCGAUGACAACGGACAAUGCAUCGUCCAAUGUCGCCGCAAUGAAGUACUUGUGCCGGGGAGGUCCUGGAGAUCGGCAACCUCGCUUGUUCUCCUCGGGGAUGCACGUUCGGUGCCUCGCUCACAUCUGCGACCUAGCUGUUCAGCUAGCGUUGAAGAAAGUGACCGAGAUCGCACAGCUUUUGGCUCUCCUCAGGGAGUUGGCGAGCUUCAUUGGCUACUCGCCAAAGAGGACAGGUGCAUUCGAGGGCAUCCAGAGGGAGGAGAACCAGAGGGAGCCGACCCGGGCGAUCCUGAGGCUGCGUUUGGAUAGCGAGAAUCGUUGGGCCUUAACACGCGGUACACUCCACAUCCCACUUGUGCCCCCAUCCCAUCUCAACCCUUUUCAAAACCAACAGCAUUGCAACGCUAAGGACGCUGCACAGCUGCAGGGACUGCAAAUCACAGACGACAUGUGGAAAGGUUUGAAGGAGCUCGCCACCUUCCUUCAACCCUUUCACGCUGUCACUCUUGCUGCUGAGGGAUCCACCUACCCCACCAUCAACAGGGUGGUCCCACAGUUCAACGAGCUCCUGGACGAGCUCGAGAGGAUGAGGGAUAGCACGACCACUCCACCCUCCCAGGUCUUGCUGGGAUGCAUUGAGGCCGCCCUGGGGAAGCUGGCGGAGUACUACGACGGCAGCAGCGACGAGCUGAUGAUCGCCACAUUCCUAGACCCGAGCUUCAAGCUUGGGUACUUUGAGCUGCCAGUGGAUGAGGAAGGGAGGGAGGAUGGGGGGGGGACGAGGGAGGGGGGAGAGGGGGAGCCAGCAUCGACAACGUCGCACAUUGACGCUGGGAAGGUCCUUGCCACUGUACGAGCAGCGUACCGCCCGUACUUAGAGAAGGCGCGGCAGGCCAGGGAGAUGGCGGAGGGGAGAGAGGGGUCGGUGAGGGUAGGGGGCCAGAGGGCAUUGGCAAGCACCAGCAGCAGGGCUGUGGGGAGCAGCAGCAGGGGGGGAAGGGGCCUGGGCACCAAUGCCUUUGGUGGACAGGAUGGAGACUGUAGGGGCCUGGUGGCUCGUCUGGCGACGUACCGCGACCGUCAAGCUCCGGCGGUCACUGACGAGAUUCAAAUUUACUUGGGGGAGCGUUUAGAGUCACUGGACACUGACCCGCUCGCGUUCUGGCGCCGCAGGACAGACCUUGUGGGUCUUCGGGCCAUGGCCUUGGAUUACCUGGCCAUCCCAGCUACGUCGGCUGCAAGCGAGCGCCUAUUCUCACAGGGACGCAACCUUCUUCAUUGGCAGCGGCAUAGGCUUGGGCCUGAGCGGAUGCGGGCAUGCAUGAUCCUCGAGUCGUUCUUCGACUUGCAUCCAGGUUGCCAGCUUUGGAAAACGGCCAAGGUUUGCUUGGAGAAGGCAGAAAACGAGGCAGUUGGAUUGGAGACGGAGGACGUCGUGUGA